AUGGGGGGAGGCCCUGCCGCACCGGGCCUGGCCCCGUCCCGGCCCCGGGGGGGUCCCGGUGCGGCGGGCCCGGCGCUGAGGCCGCUCUCUCCCUGCAGACACGCUCUUCCAGCUGAAGGUGAGCCCGGAGCCGACCCCGCCGGUAGCCCCGGGACGUGCCCGACCGCCCAGGGGCCGUUCACGGCCAAGCAGCUGGAGAAGCUCGCUAAAAAGGCUGAGAAGGACUCCAAGGCGGAGCAGGCGAAGGUCAAAAAGGCCCUUCAGCAGAAGAACGUGGAAUGUGCUCGUGUCUAUGCGGAGAAUGCCAUUCGCAAGAAGAACGAGGGGCUGAACUGGCUGCGCAUGGCUUCCCGAGUGGAUGCCGUGGCCUCCAAGGUGCAGACAGCCGUGACCAUGAAAGGGGUGACAAAAAACAUGGCUCAGGUGACUAAGGCUCUGGACAAGGCUCUGAGCUCCAUGGACCUGCAGAAGGUGUCUGCUGUGAUGGAUAAAUUCGAGCAGCAGGUUCAGAACUUGGAUGUUCAUACGUCGGUCAUGGAGGACUCCAUGAGCUCCGCCACCACCCUGACCACGCCGCAGGAGCAGGUGGACAGCCUCAUCGUGCAGAUCGCGGAGGAGAACGGCUUGGAGAUCAUGGACCAGCUCAGCCAGCUCCCCGAGGGGGCUUCGGCGGUGGGCGAGAGCUCGGUGCGCUCCCAGGAGGACCAGCUGUCACGGAGGUUGGCUGCCUUGAGGAAUUAAGGUCUCCUGCCUCCCCCGAGGACUGCUGCCACACUGGUUGUAUGGUGUGUGGGGACGGAGGGACCCAGGACUCCUUCCCCUCUGCCCGUUACGUCCUUGCUCUGACCUGCUGGCCGGGCAGGGCCGGCCCCUCCUGCAGCAUGUCCCAGCCCUGCCCGCCUCCCUGCAGGCUGCUUCUGGGGUGCGACGGGUGACUGGAGCAGGCAGAGAUCCUGGCGGGGGGGAUGGGGCAAGGGCAGCCCUUCUCUGGGCUUGACGGAUGCUUCGCUGGUUCUGAUUUUAGGGUGAUUUUAGGGUGUUUUUCCUGUGAGGGUCGCCGCUGGUUUCUCGCGGCGCCCCCUGAUGCAACGUGCCACUCCUGAUCUAACACUAAACGAAUCCUUCUGGAGGUGGGUUGCGGCGUCUCCCGGGGUGCUGGUUGCCUGCCUCCUCUGUGCGUAGCACGCCUGUUACCU